UUAGCCCGACAACUUGUCGUCGUCUGGAGGGGCGAACCGAACCGCAGCAAGCCGACCGAGCGAGCUGGCACCGGGGGGAGGAGGUGGCAAGGAUGCAUCCGGCCUCUCCUCCACUGAAACGCAGGGUUUCCGUGUAAGUGAAAGGACUAUGUUUUAAAAAUUGGAGUCAAAUCACCCCAGUAAAAUGAGCCAGAAAUAUCCGGAGGAGGGAAGUGGAGAGAUGGAUGAGGAAUGCCCUGGAGCUUCAGUUUCUCAGAGGACCAGGCAGAAUAAUGUUUCAGAGCCUGGGGAACCUCCAUUACGUCGACCCUGGAGGCCAUGUCAAAUGCUCAGUCCAGAUGGAGAGUUGAAUCCACAUGACCAUCAUCAUCACCAUCACCAUCUUCAACCUCCUCAUCAUCACCACGCACCUGCAGGCCGUGGUGGUCCACAACGGCAUCGCCGGCGUCCACCAUCACUACAAGGUCAAGGGCAAAGUCAGGCUAAUUUUUCUGGCUCUUUCCCAGAGGCUGUUCCCACCUAUGAAUGUCAAAAUACCGAACCGCGUCCUGUCCACCAGCUUCGGCCCGCUGUCACCCGUUACCGCCGUCGUGGUGACCCAAAUCCGAGACUCAAAGGUCAAAGACAGAGACCAUUAAUGAAGGAGAUGCAGGAAUCGUUAACCGUUUCAGACCACAGAGAAGGUCAUACAGAAAUGACACUUCAGAAAAACAUGGCAGAUGGUCUUUCUAAGGAAGAAUUACAGGACAGAGGAUCUCCUCACCUGACUCCUGUUGCUGUGGUUACCCCAACCCACCUCUCACCAGGACCAGUACGUCCUGACCUCAAACAAGACCUCCAAGAAAGUGGUGUUGACUGUAAUAAAGAAGUGAAGGACAACGAUAAGCCAGGACCUUUGGAGAAUGGAUCAGAUCAGCACUCAAGCACGGAUCCCUCUAGCUGCGCCUACGACAACCUACAGGCGGUUCAAGAAGGAAGAGCGGUAUGUGUAGACAAAACGGUGGAAAAUCAGGAGGAAGAGAUGGAUGCGCAUGUUCUAGAUGUUGAAGCUCAGGGGAGUGAAAUCACUGAUCUCUGCUCAGACACAGAAAGUGCUGCCUCACUUAGUAACGACGGACCUCUUCACAGCCCGCCGCCGCUCCAGUCCCCAACUCCACCAUCAUCUCCCGAAACACCGCUUUUCCCACAACUGGACCACUUCAGUGAGGAAGCCAGUAUGAGUCCUCUGCCCGACAAUGACAUGCUGCCUGAAGAUGACGAUGAGUGCUCUGAAUCACCCUUGGAAUACUACCCCAAAACCUAUGCAGACUUUUAUACAGAGUCCCAUCAAAAGUCUUACGUGGAACCGGUUGAUAAUUCAGAGACAAAAUCCCAUCCCAAAUGCUUUCCAGAACCCUUUAAGACUUCCUAUUCUGAAGCACUCAAAGAACCUCGCAUGCAGUCUCAUCAGAAGUCGGAGCCGUAUGAGCCCCACCGUGAGCCAUUUACCAGCCAUAGACAGGAGAAUGUCCAAAAAGCCUCCCCUUCCAAGGGCUCCCAUCACGCACCAAGGCGAGGCAAAGAGCGAAGUUCCCACCCCUCUCAAGUGGACAGCUCUGUCGGCUGCCGGCUGCACCACUACGACGGUCAGUCUGAUGGAGAGGGGGGCAGCGCUACUCAAAGCCCCAUUCAGAAAACUAUUCGGCAAGCAGAUACACAGACAAAACACCCAUCAUCUGCGCUAAGCAGCUCAAGAGAUGAGGUUGGUCUCUCAGCUGAAGAAGGUACAAAGGUUUCAGGAGAUGCCAUCAGCCUGGUAAUAAAAGACAUUAGGGAGGCCAUUGAAGAGGUUAAGACCAAGACGAUCCGCUCCCCUUAUACACCUGACCAGCCUGUGGAACCCAUUUGGGUAAUGAGACAGGAGAUUAGCCCGACAGAGGAAGUUGACCCACUACAGAUGAUGGCAGGCCGUUCAGUGUCCAGGUCUCCAUCCCAGCAUGCCUCUAUGUCAGAUCAGGAGUCUGGCAGUCCGUUGAAUGUCGAGUCCUCAAGAGCAGGCCAUUCUCAACAAUAUCGUGAGGGCCAAGGCCACCUUUCACAUCAGAUGGAUGCUGCGGUGCAACCGCAUCCAUAUGUGCAGCCGCAGCAACAGCAUUACCAACAGAAUCAACAGCACCCAUCUCAGCAGCCACCUGUCCAAGAGUUUCGCAGAUCUCUUCCUCAAUUUCCCACAUUUGUGGAUGUCCCGGGACCGUGUGACCCCGAUGACCUUAUUGACGGCAUCAUCUUUGCCGCGACAUACCUGGGCUGCACGCACCUGCUGUCGGAGAGGACACCCACAAAGAGCGCCCGCAUGCAACAGGCACAAGAAGCCAUGAACAGAGUGCGGGCAGCUCAGAAGCAGGCAAAAAACAGGAAAAAAAGUCCUGACAGUGACACUCCAUGUACUGCUGAGGUGGAUCUUUUCAUGUCCACGCAAAGAAUCAAAGUCCUCAAUGCAGAUACUCAGGAGUCUUUAAUGGAUUUGCCGCUGAGGACCAUCUCCUACAUUGCCGACAUUGGCAACAUGGUGGUCCUGAUGGCCCGUGGGAAGAUGGUCCGGUCCCGCAGCGCGCAGGAAAACUUGGAGCACACAGCGGAACAAACCACCAUGUCCAAUGAUGACAGACGGCUCUACAGGAUGAUCUGUCAUGUCUUUGAGUCCGAAGAUGCCCAGCUUAUUGCUCAGUCAAUUGGACAGUCCUUCAGUGUGGCCUAUCAGGAGUUUCUCAGGGCCAACGGCAUCGACCCCGAGGAUCUGAGUCAGAGAGAGUACAGCGACCUACUCAACACUCAGGAUAUGUACAACGAUGACCUCAUACACUUCUCCAAGUCUGAGAACUGUAGAGAUGUUUACAUUGAGAAGCAGAAGGGGGAGAUUCUGGGUGUGGUGAUAGUGGAAUCGGGUUGGGGUUCCAUCCUCCCCACCGUCAUCAUUGCCAGUAUGAUGCACGCCGGCCCCGCAGAGAAAUCCGGUCGUCUCAACAUUGGCGACCAGAUCAUGACCAUCAACGGUACCAGUCUAGUGGGUUUACCACUCAGCACCUGCCAGAGCAUCAUCAAGGGGCUCAAGUCUCAGUGCAGGAUCAAGAUGAACAUUGUCCGGUGUCCACCCGUUACCAUGGUGCUCAUCCGGAGGCCGGACCUCAGAUAUCAACUGGGCUUUAGUGUCCAGAACGGCAUAAUCUGCAGCCUAAUGAGGGGUGGAAUCGCAGAGCGGGGCGGCGUGCGAGUUGGCCACCGCAUCAUUGAAAUCAACAGUCAAAGUGUUGUGGCGACACCUCACGAGAGGAUCGUUCAGAUCCUGUCAAACGCCAUGGGAGAGAUCCACAUGAAGACGAUGCCUGCAGCCAUGUACCGCCUGCUUACAGCACAGGAGCAACCUGUCUACAUCUGAACACGCCUUCAUCACGCCCCAUUUUCUGUCUGUUCAUCCAGCUUUCACUCCUUUAAGUAGCUUCCACCUCUUAGCAACCUGUUUGACAUCACGCUAAUUGCCUUAAUCUGUACAGUGCACAACAACAGACAUCAACAGAGGAACAAGUUUAUUUAUUAAUUUAUUUUUCAUUUGCGCCACGUGCUCCUGUGAUGUGGUACAGUAUGUCGGACCAAAGAUAAAUCGACGGUCUUAUUGUGCAUAUAUAGGAGGCAGACAAGAGUAAAUGUUAUUUUUGGUUGAAUAGCUGUAAUAUCUGAAUGUACACUACAUAAUGUUGGACCUUAAUAUUGUCAGGGCAACCCAAAUGUUAAACAAGUGAAGCAAAGCAUGUUCAUUUCUGCUAAAUAAACCGAAGGCAAUCACCAACA